AUGGACGACGCCGCGAUCGUCGGCAUCGUCGUCGGCGCACUCGUUCUUGUGGGCGGUCUCGCUGCCGUCCUCUUCCUGCGCUACCGCAGCGCGUCCCCGUUCAAGUCCGAGACGCUCGAGCUACCGAUGACGCUCUCGCGCGGCGGUGGCGGCCACUCGUACGUGGCGUCGCCCCUCGACCCAAAUAACAACUCGACGUUUGUGCCAUGGCUUCUCAAGGCCAGCUCGCGCCAAAGCAACGACUCGAUGUCGCUCGACCAGAGCAUUGCGUCGACGACCGAGCCCAACACGGACGUCCCGCCGGACGCAAACGCGCGCGACUCGUUCUGGGACCGCCUCUCGCCCUCAUCGCGGGACCAGAUUCGCAGCGAGAGCUCGAUCCACCGCGGGUCGUCGGCCUCGCGAUUGUACCAAAGCAGCUCCAUUCCGAUGAUCGAAGUCCGGACCAAGCGCAGCGAGUCGUACGACACGGCGAGCGACGCCAGCGGGUUCGAGACCAUGCGGUCGUUUGUCUCGUCGGCGAUCAUUGACAAGGACGACCAGGAGCUCCGGCCAUCGACGGCGUCCAGCGCCCGGUCGUCGAGCUGA